GCCUGUAGCCUAUUCGGGACCUGUGGGUGUCACUGACGCGUGAACACACUGUCACUUUGGCUUUGGAUAAUUCGCUAACUGGAGUCUGAGACGGCUGCCAAAUAAUUCAGAUAGCACAUUCCUAAAUUUGGGAUUAUGAUCUGCGCAUAAAUGAGUGAGGCCCGUAACAGCUGAUUCGGUUAUAGUUAAAGUUAUAGUUAAUGAUGGAAAGUUAAAUAAGAUGAGGAAUUCCGACUCUCCGCGACCACAUUAGCUACCAUACCGCGUUAGACAUUCAGCCAGCUUGUACUGAUAGCCAGAUCGGCGCUUAAAUCAAAGUCGUAGCCAGUUUGAGAGGCGCACUACAUCAGUCGUAGGGAGCUGACUCGCAACAGAUGGGUGUUGUGGCGCUUCAACUAAAUUAGCCCUUAAACGACAUUUAAUUGUUUUAAUUGGAAAUAAAUGAUGGUGAGGUGGUUGAUCUCAAGGCUUUGCGUAUUGUUCGCCAUUGCGCUCCACAUUGAAGGCUCCAGGCUCCGCUUGGAGGAGAGCCCCCCCCGGAUUGUCCACCACCCCUCCGAUUUCGUGGUGAAGGUGGGCCGCCCUGCCACGCUGUCCUGCCGGGCCGAGGGCCACCCGAAGCCCGCCAUCGAGUGGCUCCACAACGGCGUCCCCCUGGAGACGGACAGGCUGGAGGGCCAGUCGCGGCCCAUGGUGCUGUCCGAGGGCAGCCUGUUCUUCCUCAGCGUGCUCCCCGGGAGGCGGGGCCAGUCGCACGAGGGCGUGUACGCCUGCGUGGCCCGGAACAGCGCCGGGAGGGCCGUGAGCCGCAACGCCUCGCUUCACAUCGCAGCUCUGCAGGAUGAGUUCCGAACCCAGCCGAGUGAUACUGAGGUGGCUCUGGGGGAGAUGGCCGUCAUGAACUGCACCCCACCUGCAGGCCACCCGGAGCCCAACGUCACAUGGAAGAAGGAUGGGGUACCUCUCAACAGCACUGAAGAGCGCUACACUGUUUACAAUGGGAAGCUGGUCAUUACUCCUGCUCAGAAGAACGACUCCGGCACGUAUGUGUGUGUGGCAUCGAACACCAUGGGGGUCCGAGAAAGCCAAGCGGUCAGGUUGUCUGUUUUUGCCAGGCCGGUGUUGUCGCGGAAACCCCUGGAUGUCACGGUGAGGGUCGGGGAGACGGCGUGGUUCUCCUGCGAGGCGCAGGGAGACCCCAUGCCUUCGGUGAAGUGGACCCGGGACCUGGGCUCGCUGCCCUAUGGGAGGUACGAGGUGAAUCCAGACCACAGCCUUCAGAUCCACUACGUGACAGCGCAGGACGCGGGGCGCUACACCUGCAUCGCCGCCAGCGAGGCGGGCCAGGCCUCCGCCAGCGCCAGCCUGCAGGUGCAAGAGGCGCUGAACGCCGGGCAGAAGGAGCUGCACACGGAGCUGUCGGUGCUGCGGGUGGACCUGGAGAACGCCACCGCCCUGUUCCCGUCGUCUGAUAGGCUGCAGCUGCAGUGGAAGCUGCAGCCAUCCCACACCCAGCCGCAUCACCUGGACGGUUUUGAGGUUCUCUACCGCUCCCUUUUCCCCGCCAGCUCUGAUUGGGCAGCUGAGAGGGUGGCUCCGCCCCGUUUCCAGGCUGUGAUUGGCCCCCUGAAGAGGGGGUACAAGUACGAGCUGAAAGUGCGGCCCUACGGCGGCGGGCUGUACGGCCGGGAGAGUAACACCAAGCGCCUGCGGGUUCCAGAACUAGUGCCCAGCGCCCCUCCUCAGAGCAUCGCCGUGACGAUGGCUGCGGACAGGAACGACACCAUCCAGGUGAGCUGGGACCCGCCCCCCCAUGAGGCUCACAACGGGAUCAUUCAGAGCUACCAGGUGUGGUGUGUGCAGUCGGAGAGCCAGCAGUCACUCAACUGGACAGUGGGUGGGGGCACCCACAGCCUGGACAUCAAUGGCCUGGACCCGGGGAAGCAGUACUGGGUUACCAUGGCAGCAACCAAUGGAGCAGGCGUUGGUGUGCAGAGCAACCCUCACAGGCUGAUCUUAGCAACCAUGUCUUCCUCUCUCUCUCUCUCUCCCUUAGAGCCCCUGCAGGCUGUGGCCCCGGACCACAGCAAAUCGGCGGUCCUGGCGAAGGUCCUAGCAGUGGUGCGGGAUCCUGUGUUCAUCGGCAGUGUUGGCGCCCUCCUGUGGUGUGUGCUCAUGGUGACAGCUGUCUGUCUGUACCGUCGCCACAGCAGGCCGGCCCACCUGAGACACAGCCACCGCAAAUCUGCAGGCCUGUACAGGCUAACCAGUGAGGACCUCAUCAUAAAGCACAGGAUGGCGGCCCCUGAUUCGCCCUGGAUGUCUGGCGUCUGGAGGUCAUCCCCUUUUAACGAGUCGCACCACAGCCUGUGGGCCCAGAGUCAGGAGAACCCCGGAUUCAGGAGGACCACUCUGCCAGAUGCUUGGAAGAAGGACCCGGGCCCCCUGGAGACGGCCGUCCCCAUCGUGCCCGACAGCUGCGGAGUGUACGGCACGUUCUACGUGGACCUGACGGGGAACGGCCUGAAGACCUUCAACAGCCCGGCCCGAAGGCCCAAGGCGGGUCACGGAGGCCUGCAGCUGGACACGGAGACCGUGCACCUCUCUCAGCCCCUGUUCAAGAACGCCAUCGUCAGGGAGGGGCAGGCGCCUUGGAAACGGGCGCUCCCCGCCCAGCCCAACAUGGGUGUGCUCAAGGAAUCAUGGGAAAAAAAUUACAAGCGCGAGCUCCACGCCGUCAACAGUGCCCCUCUGGCGCCGACGCGGCAGCAGUCCAUGGCCUUACAGAGCAUGCCCAGUGCGCACGCCCAGAGGCUGAGCCAGCGCCCGCCUGGCGGGUUCUCAGAGCGCGCCAAGCCGCACGGCUCCCCCAGGGUCCUGCAUUACUCCGCCUCCCUGCACCUGAUUGACAUGCUCCCGACCCCGCCCCCUCUUCCUCUGGAUGACACCCACAGCCUGAGCUCGGAAGAGGGGUCCAGCAGGUCCACCAAGCUGACCGUGGACGGGGGCUCCCUGCGGUCCAUGGGCACCGUGUCUGGCAUCCACGGCCCCCCGACCACGGCCGGCUGCCCCUCCUACAGCCGUCUGUCCACCGCCUCCUUCUGUCUGUCCGUGGACGACGACCAGGACGCGGGCCUCACUGCUCAGGAGGUGGCGCAGUACCUGGAGCUGAGUCCCAAGGUGGAGAGACGCAGCGCUGUGCCCGACAGCCCCGCCUCUCAGCCCCGCCCAUUUUCACCGACGCCCACUUUCGGCUACAUCUGCGGCCCCCUGCCCUCCGACAUGGACGCCGAGGACCUGGACGAGGGGCCGGACGCGGGGAGGAGCCAGCGGCCGUUUUCGGGGCGGAGCCGGCUGAGGAGCACGCCCUCCUCGUGCGCCAGCGACUGGGAAGGCUCCCUCUGGAACGGCUGGGGCUCCAUCUCCGAGGGCAACCUGCCCAGCGCCCGCACCAGCCUCAUCAGCUCCUCCGACGGGUCCUUCAUGAACGAUGCCAACUUUGCCCGCGUGCUGGCUGUGGCUGCGGAGUCCAUGGGCGGAGCUCCUUUCUCAGAUUUCUCCCCUCCGGCCUCCCCGCUGAGCGCACUCUUCCCCCCUCGGGAGUGUUUCGGGGAGCUGGACCCCAUGCCGGUGUGGGACUGGAGCACGGCCUGGGUGGAGGAGAUAGAGGCGCAGUACCGCUCCUCCAGAGGGGCCGGGGCAAGGCCAGGACGGGACAAGGUUAGGGAAACCUGAGCCCAUCACCACAGUGACAGGAGAGGAGAAGAAUUCUGGGGAGGACAGGGCUGCCCACAAAAAUGCACUCCCAGUGAUUGUACCCAGAACCCCCCACCUCCCCUCCCCAAAAAAAAAAAUCUGCCUGCCUCAGAUCUACACGUGUUGAACUACACUUCCCACAAUACCUCAGGACAACCUAUCUUCAAUCUAGUCUUCCUGCAGCUGACUUGAGUAUCAGUUUUGGUAUUUGAGGUUGAAGGGCGGUGGGGCGCAUUAUCAUGUCUUACUAGUGACAUUCAAGAAAAGCAAGAACAAGUUGUUUUGGGAAGAGAACUUGGAGAGGGUUUUGUUUUAUUACAGGCGCUGUUGAUCCACUGCUUUAUCUGGUUAAUAAUCAUCUGUUUUUUCUGUGCCUUCACUGGUGAAUAGGAGUAAUCAGAGUAAUACAGGCCCUGUACAGCAUACCCCUCUGUCAUCCCCUUACAACAGAGUGUAAAUAAAACUCUUAUUUAAACUAUUGCAAAUAUGUAUCUUCAAGCUCGGAGACUACAGUACACACAAAGCACAGAAUUAGGGUACAUUAUCAGCUUUUCUGUGUCUGUUAGUGUGAGUUUGUUUGUAGCCCUUACUGAAUAGAUUAUUAUGAGAAUGCUGAUAUGUCAGCUAUAGAAAUAUUAGACUAGUUGUAUUUUAUAUAUUCUAUUUUUAUUCACUCCAAGACAAUUGAAAAUGUUUACAGAAAAUGUCAAACUAGAAUUAAGUCUAAUAUUAUGCCAUUAUAGUAAAAAUGGGAAAAUGUGUAUAAAUGGAAAAUUAGCGAGCGGUGUAUUGAAUUUGACGAGGUGUUUUGCCCGAAUAGCUUGCGUCUCAGUAGAACUGGGCUAAUAUUUGUUUUAUUUGUGGCCUUUUUUACAUUUUUUAAGUACGCACUGCUAAAGUGUUGUUGCUGAUUUGGAAUACUAGCAAAUUAUUUUGUUAAACUGUGUACUAACUGCUGUUUGUUUUCUUCUCUGUGUGGCAUUACCACUGCAAAUAAAAUAUAUCUGUGAUGUUCGAGA